AUGUGAUUGGUCUAUCCCGGUUUGGUUUAUUAAAGUCUCCUUCACUUCAAUUUCUGUUUGGUUUUAUUUACCGGAUUUGAGAAACCAGAACUGAGGCCGACCAACCGGUAACGAUGUCGCCGCCGCCGCAACGUAUCGGCUUGCCAUGGCCUGAGCUUAACGAUGGUUUGGCAUACAAGGAUGCCAUCUCUUCUUCUGAAUCAGAGUUAACGACGGUGUCAGAAUUCUACUUCACCAAAUACAAGAGUUCAGCUCCAUUGCUAGGGUUCUUACUCUUCUUCUUCCUCUACUCUUCGUCUACAAUAAUAUCGUUCUUACUUUCCAUUCUCUUUAAUCAUCUUUCGUUCCUAGGUGGAUUCAACGAAUCCAAAACGGACAGGUUUAUACAAAUUGACGGUGAAGUUGUAAAAGAUCCCAACACACUUCUUAGGAGUGGUUCGAAAUUAGUUUACAGUAGGCUUCCUUGGAAGGAACCUGACACGCCAUACUCGCUUGAAGUUUUGUAUGAAGAUGAUGAUUUGAUCGCUUUAAACAAGCCUUCUGGACUUCAAGUAUUGCCCGGAGGACUUUUCCAGCAACGGACUGUGUUGACGCAGCUGCAGUGGUGUUUUGGUAAAAAUGACUCUUACAUCGGAUCGCGUGAAUCACCACAUCCUGUCCCUGUACAUCGACUGGGUAGAGGAACUUCAGGUAUACUUCUCUGUGCAAAGACCAAGCUGGCAAAAACGAAACUUGCAGCGUAUUUUGCUGAGGGAACAUCUCUUGUCGGCUCCGGCAACCUGGAUCAAGAGUGUGGAACAGGAAGAAAACUAUCAAAGAUAUAUCGAGCACUAGCAGAUGGUAUAGUUGAAGAAGACGAGGUAGUAAUCAAACAGCCUAUAGGAGUGGUUCGAUAUCCUGGGGUCGCACAAGGAUUAUAUGUUGCUUCUCCGGAAGGGAAACCUGCUUUCAGUAAAGUAUUUGUUCUGGAGAGGGACAGGGAAAAAAAUUGCUCGCUUGUUAAGGUAGAGAUACAAUCUGGAAGACCACAUCAAAUCCGGAUUCAUCUUGCAUACAUGGGACAUCCCUUGGUAGAGAUGACGAUGUUUACUGGAUCUGAGUGCUUACGUGCUGAUCAAAGUGCAGGGGACCCUCUUUAUGUAGCGGGCGGCCAACCAAAGUGCUUUGAUCCCGAUCUUGUAGAUGAUGCCGCAGCCUUUGCCGAAGAUGGAGGUUACAGAAGGCCAAAUCAGGCUGUUCCUGGGGAUUGUGGAUAUCAUCUGCAUGCUCAUCAAGUAGAGCUACCAAACCUGCUGAACACUCAUAAGGUAGUAAAAAUUGUAGCACCGCUGCCACCAAUUCUCCAAACAAGAUGUGAGACGUAAGAAAAAGGUUUAUCCUCCUGCAAGUGAAGUUGC